GAGUUGCGACGACGAACCAGUGUGGUCACGUAAGCCCACCAUACCGCAUGGUGGAUACAUGUUUCCUUUAACUCGACGUUGUAUAAAAUGCUAUAAUUGUGUAUUGUUGUUAUUUUGCAAGGGACACAACGAUUUUGUGGAGCAGCCAUCUCCAGCCUUGCAUACGACUGCUGGCAUAUCCCUAAUUUUACUUGAAUAUUGUUGGAACAUAAUUAAAUCAUAAUCUAUAUAAUCAAAAAAAAAUUGGAGCUUCUAUUAUCUGCUCCUUAAUAUUAAAGCACUAUUAAAAAUGAAGUGGUCACCUGGUGCUUUAUUCUGCGAACAAGUUGGUGAACUCACUCGAGUUUUCUCACAAUGGAAUGAAUGUGAACAAACUGUGGUUUUAUAUGCACUACUUCGUCGCAUUCCUGCAGUUCAAGCAAGGUUUCUUGCACAAGCUGUGCAGCAUUCCUUGCAUUCUGUUUCUGAAUUGGAUACACAGGAAUUAAAUGCCAAUAAUCCAGGAUUUAUCAAUUCAUUACUCUCAGAAUCAACUGAAGUUGCUAUAAAUCAACUUCUAACACAUUUGCCAUUAUUAAGGCCUGGGAAUAUAGAGUGCAAACAAUGCUAUUUGGUAGCAAUACCAGAAUUAGUAAGCCACUGUGUAACUACAGGACAAUAUACUGAACAAACUCAACAACUUUUAAGUUAUUGUUUGAUUCAUCCAGCUAUAACUAGUCAAGAUAGACGUUCUUUAACACAGUGGCUUCGGCAUCUUGAAGAACGUAUUAGUGGUACACCACCAAUACAUGGUCUUGAAGAAUAUACUAAUACUACUAUUAGAUGGGAUAAUGCUUGGCAGCGAAAUUCUAAACAACAAAAUGAACAAACAAAUUUAUUUGGCACACAACCCGGUACUGCCUUCAAUUUACAAUUUCCGCCACCUGUAACUCGUCAGCGCCGAUCGAACAGUUUAACACCACCCGUCGCUCCUCCUCAUCAUUUAGAAGUUGUUGAUCGCACGAACAAUGUAAAUUGCACAACUAAACACAAGCCACGUAGUUUUAGCGUAUCUGGAGAUCAUGCAAGCAAUCUUAUUGGAUUAGGCCCAUUGAGUCCUCAAAGUUCUUGCGCAAGUAGCGGCAGCGAAGGACGUUUAGAUGAAACAUCUAAUCGAUCGCUAGCUAGUGGUAUGAGAGACGUUCCAUCGUGGCUUAAAACUUUGCGUCUUCAUAAAUAUAGUUAUUUAUUUGUCACUCUUAGUUAUGAAGAAAUGCUGCAAUUAACUGAAGAACAAUUAGCAGAACAGGGUGUGACAAAAGGGGCCAGACACAAAUUAGCCCUUUCUAUUGCAAAAUUACAACAGCGAUAUACAACACUUUUAAAUUUAGAAAAAGACUUAUUACAGCCAACACGUGAUAAUACACAAUCGGCUUCGUUUUUACAAGGACCAACAGUUUUGGUCAAUACAAUUGAUGAAUUAAAAACCAUUUUAGCUACACCUAUGAAACCAAGUCAGGAAAAUGAUCCUCAAGAUAUACCUGGUCAAUUUACCAAAGUUCUUGGUAAAUUGUGUAGUCGAUUGGCAUUGGAUAGCGUAGAUGACGGUAUUUUAUGCGCUUGUAUUAACAUAUUAGAAAAAGUGUUGCAACAUGAUUGCUUUACUCCAAAUCAAAAAGAAAAAAUACAACAGUGGCGCAGUAGACUUGGAAAUCCACGACCAACUCCAAAAUGGCAACAUAAUUACGGAUAUAAUAAUAGAAGGUAUUGUAAUCCACAGCAACACAAUAGAAAACCAAGUUUAAACUUAGGACAUAUUCAUAAUACACACCCGCAAAACAAUUCUUUUGUGGUUAGCACUCACAGAAACAGUAUAUCUACCCCAUAUUUACAAAAUAAUCAGAACCAAAGUGUAAAUCAGAAUACUUUACGUCCAGUUCACGCGACCAAAAAACGACCUAGUUUACAAGAAUCUAGUUUACAGCAAUUACAAAGAACGUUACAGCGCACAUACAGUGCACCGAGGGAUCAUUUUCUUAGUCCAAAUAGUAACAACGCGUCUGAAACAACGGAACCAGAAAUUAAUUCUCGUCUCGAAUCUCUUUGUUUAAGAAUGACAGAACAAGCGAUCGGUGGUUUCGGCGAGGCCUAAUAAUUUCUUCGUUUUUUUCGUUGACUGGAUCUACACAGUAAGUCCUGUUAAAAAAAAAAUUAUAUACAUGUCCGAGCUCCGUUCUUUCAAAGCCGAAGGCUAGACUGACACUUCCGUACAUGUUGCGAAUAUGAAGAGACUCCACCAGCAGUGAUAAUGCUGACAAGUUGCACGUACAAAAACGUGCACACAUUUUCACGCUUUAAUAGCCCUACCAAAUGAAAUGUCUAAUAUUUGAGGCAUUACACCAAGAACUCAGUUUUGUGACGUCAGAGUGACGCAUGAAGAAAGAAAAAACUUAAAAAAAAAAAAAAAAAAAAAGAAAAAAAAGACAAAAAAAAAAUAUUUUUUAUUAUAUCCGAUGCAAUUAUUAUACUAUUUAAUUGAAACUGACAGAAUUUGGCAAGCCAAAUGCUAUUAGGAAGAUAGAUUCUUUCCUUGACUAAUUGCUGCAUCUAUAUAAAUGUAUUAUAUAAAAAAAUAUAUAUAUGUAUACACAUAUGAUAGAAUUUUACGGGAAACGGAUAAAAAAAAAAAAAAAAAAAACGUAUAACAUAUAUUAAAAAGAAAAAAAAGGGGACGAAAAAGGUAUACCACAUUAAUUGUACAAUGUUUGCAAUAUUAUUAUUUUCGUGUGUUAUCCAUUUCCGGAAAUGGAAUUUCUCUGAUUUUAAGCGCCAGGACACAUUAUGUACUAAUGUAAUGUUAUUCAUUUUAACGAACUGACUGAUUUUACUUCUUUUUAACAUUACCAUGAUAAUUAUCUCUCCACUUCUACUCUCUUAUCACCACCGCCGCUAUUGCUAUCAUUCAAAAAUUCUUUAUUUCCUAUUGCUAUCGUUAAUUAUUAUUCUGGCCGAUAGCUAUAUCCACCACAUUAUUAUUAUUAUUAUGAUGUUCAUCAUUGUCUUUACUAUUUGUCAUAUUAUUAUUAUUAUUAACAUCAUUAUUAUAGUUACUACUAUAAUUAUUACUAUGUAAACACUUAUUAUCGCUUCUGUUACUACUAUUUCUCUGGGUGACCACUAACAUCAUUAUCAAUAUGCUUUCAUACUGUUGCUAUUUUUACUCUCUUACCGUUACGGCUGUCUCUAUUAUUAUCAUCUAUCAGCUAUUACUAUUACAACUAUUCUAUUACAAGUAGCCCUCAUCAACUACUCUUACUACUAUUACGAGUAUUGCUAAUAAUACUAUUAUACUCUCUUUACUAUCGCUGUAUUAUUACUGUAUAAUUCUUCUUAGAGAAAGGAAAAAAAAAAAAUCUCCAUAUUUAAAAAUGAGAAGAUUUUACACACACAAUAUUACUUCGUUACAUAUAUAUAUUGAGAGCAAAAGAAAGGAAAAGACGAAGCGUUAUCACUAUACACGUUUUAAAUUCGCCUUCGCCAUGCUGGAAAAUGGAACAAAAGAACAAAAAACGACAUAGCGGUGCUGUGUAUGCUUUGUAGUUUGCGCACAGAUCUCGUGAGUCUUUACACUCAUACACGGGAGGGAGAGAACCAGAGAGAAAGAGAGAGAGAGAGAGAGAAAGAGUUACCAUGUAUUAUUCCUUCUUUUAAAGUCGCUGUUAAAACUUAAAAGCAGAAAGAAAUGAUAAUGAUAAAAACCUUGAGAGGAGAGGAAAAAGAUGAAUGGAAGAAGGAUAAUAUAAAAGUUGGCAAGAAGAUUAUUAAUAGUAAAUGGAGUUUUAAAGGCCUUAAAAAAGGAUAUGCGUCCCUUGUUAACGAAUGAUAAGAAAAAAAAAAAAAGGGUAUAAGACUAAAUAAUUAAAUAUACACAUAUAGCAAAAAUGCGUCGAGAAAUGAGAGAACUGAAGAAAUGAAUUUUGCAUCAUACUUUUAUGAUGCGACAUCGAAAUCUGUGGCUUUAAAUUAUAAGCAUACAUCAUACUAUUCUAUAAAUAUGCACUUAUUAGCACUUUAAACGUCGCGGAUAAAAACGUAGCAUAAUAUUUUUCGUGCAAGGAAGAGAAAAGAGAGAGAGAGAGAGAAAGAGAGAGAAAAGAUGAGAGAGAAGGGGAUUAAUUGGGGAAAAAAAAUACGGAGAAGAUUAAAUUUAAUAACUAAAUAUAAUAGUAUUAGCGAUAUAAACUGAUAUAACGUAUCGAUAAACAAUAAUCGCGAAACGAGCAAACAAACGAGCAAAAAAAAAAAAAAAAAAAAGAAAAAAAAAUAUAUAUAAACGAAAGACUGAACAAUUCACGCGCCGUGAGCCGUGCGGUGAAUUUCGGACGUUUUUGCAUUCGUUUAAUUCUCGAAUGACAGCUGCACGGCCGCGUGAAUAAAAACAAUUGGAAGACUGCGGAAGGAAAAAAACCUGUCAAAAUAUUAAGAAUUAGAGAACGAAGCGCGAGAGGGGAAAAAAAAAAAAGAGAGAAUGAAGAAAAAAGAUCGAGUGAAAGAAAGAUCGGGUGAAAGGAUGGGUGAAUAAGAAAUGUUUUUGCGUGUGUGUGUGCGUGUGAGAGUAUAUAUCAUGUUAACAAAAAGAGUAAUUUGCUAGCUGUAUAUCUAGGUUGUAAACAAUUUAUUCUAACGAUUAUACUCUUAUUAGGAUCAUGAAUCUACGUAAUGGCGCGCGGUGAUUUCUCAAUUAAUUAGUCUGAACGAAAAGAAUCGUCUUACACGGAGGAAAAGAUUAAAGAAACGAUAUAUAUAUCAAUGAUCGAUAUAUGAUAUUUUGCAGUGAUCAUUUGUUCCCCCGAAAUUCUUUCCCCUCUUUCUAUUUCUAAUUAUACGAGAAAAAAAAGAAAAGAAAAAGAAAAAGAAAAAAAAAAGAUUUUUCACAGACAGUUUGACGUACACACGCUCAUCGUAUUCAAUACAAAUAUACAUACACACACGUAUACACGCGCGCGCACACAUACAUUAUCAUGCAUACAUGCAUACAUAAAUACACAUUUCGUAUGCAAUUAGAAUUCCAGAAAAGGUUUCGUACAUCAUACGUACAGAAAAAAAAAACAGAACAUGUUUCAAUAAUUUUUCAGGAGAGACGGUCAAAAGCUAGUCAAAUGAAAAUACACUUUCUAAUUUCUACCAGUUUUAAAUGUGUAUAGAUAUUAUUUGUACAUUUAAUUGCGUAAAACGAAAAAAUGAAGAAAAAUAGAGAGAAAGAGAGAGCGAGAGCGAGAGAGAGAGAAAGAGCGAGAGAGCGAGAGAGAGAUAGAGAUGAUGAUGGUGAUGGUGAUGAUGAUGAUGAAAGCAAAGGUGUAUUGAACGCGCGAUUUAGAAAACGAAAAAUAAAAAAAGUAACGAGAUAAAAAUGAAAAUGGUUGGAAAGAUCGAGAAAGAAGGAGAAUAAAAUGAAUAAAGAAAAAAAAAAAAAGAAAUAUGUACGACGACUUUUACGUCAAUGCAUACAAAAAAAAAAAAAAAAAAAAAAAAAAAGCUGAAAGACUGCUUCCAAACGACUUCAGGAAACUCGUUCAACUCGUAGGAUUUAUUAUUUCGUACUGAAACGCAGUAUCUUAAUAAACGCGAUCGAUUUUAAAAAGGGCAGGACCUGAACCUAGGUAAGAAACGCAAAGAGAUAUUAUCCGAGUCGAGUGAUCGUAUAUAUACACGAUGUAUUAAAAGAAAAAGAAAAAGAAAAAGAAAAAAAAACGAAAAGAAUAAGAAAGUGUAACGAAAGCGUGAUUCUGCCAAAGAUCGACGGCCGCUAAAAUACGAUCACGAAAUGAAUGAAGGAAAGAAGAAGUAAAGAAAAUAAAAUCUGACACGUCUGUCGAUAUCUGUCUCUGUUUAGAGAAAAAUAUUUAUCAAGAUUACAAUGCAAAUGAGCGAACGAUGAUAUGUUGCAGUUUUGCACGAUGAUAUAUAGCAGAUUCGAAGUUUGAAGAUGAGCGAAUUUUCAAUAAUAAAACGAAAAAAAUCCGUGUGCGUUGCAUCGUUAGAAAUGUUAAUACAAUAUCGAAAGGCAUUGCAACUGCAAACGAAAUCACGUCCCUCAUCUGCGUUGAAUCUAAUAAUAAUAAUAAUAAUAAUAAUAAUAAUAAUGAAACAAGGCAGAUCAUUAUUAUAUCACGCGUAGACGAGACACGAGAAGAAAACGUUGCGCUUAUAGUACUUAUGCUGUCGUUAUAUAUCGAGACCACCGUUUCGUCGGAUUUUCGACGGAUAUUCCACGAAUUUCCACGAGUAAUAUAAAAUGUGGGAUGAAACUGGUACGAGUGGGAUCGAUGGCUUUCGGCAGAAACACAGCUUAUUGCAAUUCGAUAGCAUCGAAUGGAUAAGACGAUGUUAGAAUUAUAUUCUUAUUGUCGAAAUUCGGAGGCUUUCGGGCGUCAAUCAUUUUGAAAGAACGAUUUGUUAGCGUUACGAAAUAUUGUUAGUGCGUGUAACGUACAUUGAUAUACUUGAUGAAAAAAAAUUUUGUGCAAAGUAAUUUUAACCUUUUAUGCUGCACGCGAUGAUUUCUCUCGAAAAAUAUAUAUUUUAAGAGGGGAAAAAAAUUCUAUAACUUCCAUUUUUGUUUUUAUAUUUUUCAUAUUAUUAAUAUAUAUAUAUACACGUAUUAUUAUAUUAUAUUGUUGAUCCUAAUUUUAAACGCGUAUUAUUAUAAUAAAGAGUAAUAAAGAAUAUAUAGAAUGCGUUUGAUUGUAGUCGAAUAUUGCAGCAUAAAGGUUAAUAUUCCAAUAAAAUUGGAAUAUUGAAGUAAAAAAAAAAAUAAAAAAUAAAAAAAAAUUAGAAACUAAAAUUUUUGAAUCAUCAAACAACGUGAUUCAUGAAAAAUGAGAGGGAGUGACUCGAGGAGUUUCGAUUAAUUAAUUUCAAUACUUAAAUAUCCAAUUCAAAAUUAUACAUUUCUUUCAUUUAAGAUAUUCAUAACUUUUUCAUAGCUACUAGUAACUUGGUCAGUGUGUCACGAAACUUCUGGCAAAGUUAAUUGUGGCGUUAAAAAAAAAUUGUUCUUCCAAAAGUAUUUUUUUAAUCCGCGCAAAGUACUUCGAUAAUUUCGAUUGGUAAGAAUUCGUUCGUUCCUGCGGAAUUUUUCUUCCGUUUCAAUCGAAGCUGUGGCAAAUAAUAGCUCGCCACGUGAUGCAUUUUUCGUUGCACGGGACUUCAAGGAUUCAUUCAAGCUAUACUUAUCCAUUCGUUGCGUUUGCUUUUAAUCCGCUUCAGAGAGGAGAAGAACUCUCGUAUCGCGCGGGGAUAAGCGAGUUAUUAGAAAUACGCUAUGUAGCACAGGAUAUUCUCUUUGGCCGGAUGCUUGCGUUUCAGGUGAUCGACUACUUAGAACAUAUAGUAGCGUAUCGAAGAAGCGCGAGAGAAAAUGAGAGAUAGAACUCGAAGAAAAAAAAAAAAAA